AGGAGGCUCGGAGAGCAACUUUCUGAAGAGAAUUCCGCCUCAAGACACAGCGAGCGCCGUGACAUCGGGGGGAGUAGCAGUGAAGUUCAUUGAUGCAGUCCAGAAAUAUGGCGGUUAGUGCAGUGACCAUCUUGUUUGCCCUGGUGAUCCACCGAGCAGAGGCAGACGAAUUCACACUGGCGGAUGCUCUGCAGUCCAACGGAAGCAGAUGUGGAGAGAACGGGAAACUCUAUCCAAGCGAAUUCAGUGUCCCAGAGAUGUACUGGCAGGCUUUCGGAGCCCCCUGUUCCUGCGACCCGCUGUGUGCCCAUUACAAAGACUGCUGCCAGAACUCAGAACACUUCGCAGCUGAGGACCAAGUCUGGGGGUCCUCGCCACAGUCUUGCUUCAACGUGAGCGAAAGGGACCCCUACUUCAGCAUGAAGAAGUCAUGUCCUGCCAGCUGGGAUGACGAUGAAACUCGUUCCAAGUGCCAGGGACACCCCGACUUCCCACUGACGAGCAGUCAGACACUUGUCACUUACUCAAACAUGUACUGCGCGGAGUGCAACCGUGACUUCCACCCUGACACAGACACUCUCUGGCCUGCUGAAUACCGUUGCCAUGGUGAUGGUGCCUUUGGUUAUGAAGUACGGGUUGAUUCUGGGGAAAAUGGCACAACGGAUGUGAAUAUCAGUACAUGGAAUCUAACACACUCCGAUAACUUCCACUACAGAUAUCCUGUUAAUGCAUUUGUCUUUCUACACUCCUACUUCGAUCCAGAAGACUUGACUCUAUAUGACACACGCUUUAGACCAAAUUUCCUCAAAACAGAUGUAGAAAAUCCGCCCAAAGAACACAAUAAACAUACGCGUGUCCAUCCUGGUGACUACAGAUGUGACAGGUUCUUCUCGGUCUUUAACCGGAGUAUCAUGAGAAUUUGUCCACAAGUUAUCAGCACUUGCGCGUCGGACUGGAUAGACACCGACGUGGAGGGAAAGUGCUUGGCCUACACGGAUGUUUACUGUAACAAGAAGUUUUUUUAUCGGAACCCUUACUGUGCCCAGUGCAACCGUGUGAACUUGUCAGAAAAUUUCUCUUGCGAUGUAACGCUAGGAGUAGGUCUUAAACAUGAGAUAGAUUUCACUUAUUUACUGAGGUGGGACGAAACCGAAUAUGACAUGACUAAUCCAGAGAACGAUACAAGUGUUCCGGAAGUGGAUCAAGAGGAUAAAGAGGACGUCAUCAUGGAGUACAUCACGCUUGUGGGCCUCUCUGUGUCGGUGGCUUGCCUCGUGUUGCACCUGGCGAUUUCCUCAGGCACUCCGCGGCUAAGGAACCUUCCGGCCAUGAACCUUGCUUCGCUCUGCGUGGCCCUGUUGCUUUUCUACUGCAGUUUCCUAGUGACGAGAGUAGUGGACGACCUUCCGUGUGUGGAGUUGGCUGUCGUAAGAUACUACAGUCUGCUGGCCAACUACUGCUGGCUGCUCGUCAUAUCCUUCGACGUGUGGAAUGCCAUCAGGAGGUCAACAAAGAAGCUUCAGUUAUCUUCAGGUACGAAAUGGAAGCGCUUCGCUGUGUACAGCGCGUUCGGAUGGGUCGGGCCCAUCCUCAUCAUCACGUUCUUCUUCAGCCUGGACAACUUCAGCCCAAGUCACCACCUGCGUGGCUGCUGGUUCAGUGAAGGACGCCACGUUCUGGGGUUCGUAGUGGCCCCACUCGGCAUCGUCAUGACCCUGAACGUUGCUUUCUUCACCUGGACCGCCUACCUGAUCUAUUCGACCAAGUCGAGGAUGGAAAAUAGAUCGACCGCAAGGACACAAUUAUGCCUGUUCGUCAGACUCUCUGUCAUCAUGGGACUAACCUGGAUCACUGGCUUAGUCGCCACAACUCUGAAUAUCCCCGUUAUGUGGUAUGUGUUCGUGAUCCUGAACACACUUCAAGGCCUGUUUAUCUUCGUGUCUUUCUCCUGCACGGAGAAAGUCUGGAUGGAACUGACCAGGAAGGGAACCGUGUCAUCACAGGCUACAACAUCAUCUACUGUCGCGUCUCGACCCUGAAAUUACUCUGCUGAUUGCGCCGACAGUAAUGUGCCCAAAUUACGGAAAAUCUGAAGAUCCUUAUGUGACGCAAAACCGCUGAUUUGGACAAAGUAUUGCUUGAACUAAUUAGUCAACAUCAGAGAGAAACGUUUCUUGAUUAUCAUACGAUUUCUUGUAUUUUAAGUACAUGCAGGACCAGAAAUACGGGAAAUCCAAAAAUCUGCCUUGACUUGGGUCCCAAGCUGCCAGUUAAGAAGUCUGGUACCCGUAUGUGUAAGUGUAGUUAUAAAGUAGAAGUCAACAUUUCUAGGACUUGGGCCUUUCAGUGUUGUGAUGUCUGUACUGCCUGUGCUGUGCCAUGGAGGAAGGCAUCUGUCAGUUGCUGUUCUGCUGUUCACAAGGUCUACUUGCAAAGAAACAGAGAAAUGAGUCAAGUAGCAAUGCAGACAGAUGUGCUUCCCUUUAAACACAUCUGUGAUUGGGUGUUUAGGUCUAACACACAUACACAUGCAUAGGGGAGAUGGUGAUUUAAGUACAUUCACCCCAAGAUCACAUAAUUGUAUUCAGCAAACUCAUAACAGGGGGAUGUAGACAAAAUAUCCAUGCUCUACACAUCAACAAACAUUUUAUUCCAGGCCGCAUUUGUUAAAAAUUAUGAGAGGCGGAAAAGAAGAUGAAGUUGGAUUUGAGGUUCUCACAGCAAUGAUUAUGAAAUGUACUGUCUUCUGGGAUGUGCCAUGGUGUAGUCUGGUAGAAGUUUACCGACAUUUGCCCUCUUGCUCUGCUUGCAUCUUGCUGAUUGCUUGGCUCGCUCUGUGACCCUUAAGACGGAAGUAGUACCUUCCUUUAAAAUGUCAGUAAAGUCUACAAUGCACAAGACUGAACUCUUCACAGGUAAGGAAAGUCACAUGCGUAGAAGCAUCAGUUAACACGACUCGUCACGUGUGGCUGGCCGUGGAACUACAUUGAAGAACACAGCUCAUUAGCAGUGUGUUAAAGCUGCAUAUGUGUAUGUGUGUGACUAAAUACGGGGCUCGAUUUGGUGACUCGAUUUAUUGGCUACUUCACCACACAUCUGGGAACUACAAGUAAUUACAGCUCCAUCGUUAAUUGUCCCACUCCACAAAUCAUUGCUCCACCGAAAAGCCUUUACCAGCCUUCUGUGUCUUCACCAGACGUUCCUUGGCAACGGCUUCUAAUAGUGGAGAUUCUUCAGGUUCACGCGCUCACGUCCUUCCUAGCUGGCAACUCCUCGGCAAGGACCGCGUGGGAAACACUAUUUGUUCCCAUAUGCUAACCGUUUUCCAUUACCGCGAGAACGUGUUUACCGAACCGCUGCCCAGAAAAGUAGUCUAGUAUAACCGCCCACCUCACGAUCGUUGCGUAACAACGGCUAUGCAUACUAGGGACACUAGUGUUGGCAGGAUAUAGUUUUGCGUUUUA